GACGUCGUUUUGGUGCGGAAUGAAAAGGGAUUUUUUUAUUCUAUAAACCCAAAAGCAAAACACCUUUCGGCGUUUGCUACUAAACCUCUCCGCUCAACCUACGACGGCUCAGUCGUCUGUUCUCCGGAACCACCGCAUUUUAGUUCAUACGAACGCUUUCAUUGAAACUACUACUCAUUGCAAAAAUUCGUUUCAUUAUAAUACAGUGAUUCUACUUUUUUGGCGCCGCCACUAAAACCCUUUCACGCUAUUGAUUAACGAAAGUUUGCGAAUUUCGUAGUAUUUAUUCCUCUUUUAAGUGUUUUGUGGAUUCCUUUUGCGAGUGUUAUUGCGUUGAAGGUGUUCAGAGAAUAAUUGAGUACUAAUAAUGGCCGCAUGGUCUUCUAGAAAGUUGCUCAGAGAUGUUUUUCUCAAAAGGGGAGUUUUGAAUCGAUUUUCAAGUGGUAGAGGUUUUUCUUCUGCACCUGAAAAUGCUCCUAAGAUUGGUUACUAUUCCAAAAAAGGAAGACUGUUUACAGGAGCCACGUUAGGCCUAGUUAUAGCUGGUGGAGCUUAUGUGAGUACUGUGGAUGAAGCUACUUUCUGUGGAUGGUUAUUCUCAGCAACAAAACUCGUGAAUCCCUUGUUCGCUUUGAUGGAUGCCGAGUUUGCACACAAACUAGCGGUCUCAGCUGCAGCUCGUUGUUGGGUUCCAAGGGAGAAGAGGCCCGAUCCAUCAAUCUUAGGGUUAGAGGUUUGGGGAAGAAAGUUUUCCAAUCCAGUAGGUCUUGCUGCAGGCUUUGAUAAAAACGCCGAGGCUGUGGAUGGCUUACUUGGUAUGGGCUUUGGCUUUGUAGAAGUUGGCUCUGUUACUCCUGUCCCUCAGGAUGGCAAUCCAAAGCCUCGAAUGUUCAGGUUGCGAAAUGAAGGCGCUGUUAUAAAUAGAUGUGGCUUUAAUAGUGAGGGGAUUGUUGCUGUUGCAAAACGGCUCGGUGUUCAGCAUGGUAAGAGGAAACUAGAUGAAACUUCUAGCACUUCAACGAAUUCAAAUAAUGAAGUCAAACAUGGUGGAAAAGCUGGCCCUGGUAUUCUUGGUGUCAAUCUUGGCAAGAACAAGACAAGUGAAGAUGCUGCAGCAGAUUAUGUUCAAGGAGUACAUACAUUGUCCCAAUUUGCUGAUUAUUUGGUGAUUAAUGUUUCAUCACCCAAUACCCCUGGCUUGCGCAUGCUUCAAGGAAGAAAGCAAUUGAAGGAUCUUGUGAAGAAGGUUCAGGCUGCACGUGAUGAAAUGCAAUGGGGUGAGGAGGGUCCCCCUCCUUUGCUGGUAAAAAUUGCACCAGAUUUGUCAAAAGAAGACCUUGAAGAUAUUGCUGCAGUUGCUUUGGCUCUUCACUUGGAUGGAUUGAUUAUAUCAAAUACAACUAUUUCAAGACCCGAUCCUGUCAAUAAAAAUCCAUUGGCCUCAGAAACUGGUGGCUUGAGUGGGAAGCCUCUCUUCAAUCUCUCUACCAAUAUCUUGAAGGAGAUGUAUAUCUUGACAAGGGGCAGGAUUCCUUUGAUCGGAUGUGGGGGCAUUAGCAGUGGCGAGGAUGCGUACAAGAAAAUAAGAGCUGGAGCAACUCUUGUUCAGCUUUAUACAGCAUUUGCUUAUGGUGGACCCGCACUUAUUCCUCAAAUAAAGGCUGAACUAGCUGCAUGCUUGGAAAAAGAUGGUUUCAAAUCCAUCCUUGAUGCAGUUGGUGCAGAUUGCAGAUGAGAUCGAUCCGUGUUUGAAUUGCUGUAAGGAAGCAUAAUAUCAUUAUAGGUGUAGCAAUGUUCUUUUUUUGGCCAUGCCAAAUUUGCAUUUCUUUUGCUUUACUUUAUAUGUACUUUUCUCUUAUUGUUAUUUAAUUUAAAUGGGUUUGGCCACGUGUUCCGAAUUGUAUAAGUGAAGAGUUUUUUUUAGGCGAUUUCAGGCAUUUUUUGUUUUAGAGUGAUGAUUGUUUGGCAAUAAACUGUCAAAUCAUUGAGAAAUUCUUGUGUAUCAUAAACCCAUAAAUAAUCAAAUUAUGGAGCAUAAAGUUAAGGAGAUAAACCUAUCAAUAUGCCGUCAAGGGCUACUCUAAA